GAUACGCCCAAGCUCAACGCUAUGGAGACAACGAAAGAUUACAAUGAACCGCAGGCGACGACGAACCAAGAUGGCGCGACUGGAGAUAUGAACAACACCCGUAUGGUAAUCCCUCAUCCGUUUUGUUGGCGAGGAAGGUCCGACGGCGGGGAGUAUUUCCGCGACAUCAACAUCGACUACGAGGACAUACCGUUACCGUAUGAGCAACCUAUGCGGACGGUACGUUCUCCAGUACGACGGUUGGUUGCGACACUGAGACUCUUGUGGCUGCUCUAUAAAACUCAGCGGGCAGAGAUGCGGAUGAUAGCCAUGUCAUGGGCAAUUCGGUCCAAGACUGGUUGGAGGGCGAAGAUCAAGGAUCCAAUCAUCAUGGAAAAGUGGAGAAGAGAGGCGACUGAAAAGCAGAAAGAAGUCGUUCUGGAGCAUAAGAUGACUGCAAAUAUGAUAAAUUAUGUACUGACGGAGCUGGAGGCCUAUGCUGCGCUCGUAAACGAAGACGGGAUUCAGCACGCUUGCGACGACUCUGUCUUUAUUUCUGAUACGCUCAUGAGCGGCGAACUACGCGACACACUGAAGCACGAGGUCUCCAUCUUCGAAAACGUGCCCGAGUCCCAAAAAGACUGGCACCCAGGUUCAAACGGCCAGGUCCUCGAUAUCGUCCAUCCUUCGCUUUACUGUGUUGUCUACAACCGAACCCUCGCCCGCUCGGGCGACACUACCAACUACACUCCUCUACAGCCAUCUCUCAGCGAAGAUGAGGCUGAGGCUGCAGUCUAUUUCUCCAAACGAACGGCGUGGCUGCCGUCAGAUUUCGAGGUUAGUGGUGACGGAAAGAGGGUCACAUUGGUCUCUCCGUACAUCAACAACAUCCAUCCGGACAAGAAGGAUCUUUACCUGGCUAUUGAGAGCAUACUCGGGAGGUUCAUACCGAUGUGGGAGAAAGUAUUGGGCUCGGCAGCCAGCCGAGUGUUCUCAAACGCGCCUUAUGCUCGAGGACAGGCUCUACGAGAAUCAGAGGAGCCUGAGGAGCGUAAACCCUAUAUUGACAACUGGCAUGCCGACGUUGCGCGGCACAGCAUGCGCAUGCCUGUACCUCAUUGCGUGCUAGAGAAAACGGAACCAAAGUUCAUACGGGGGCGGACAAAGCCAUAUUAUGAGCAGAUAAAUAGCCAUUGGUGGAACACUGAGGAAGGCUACCGGGAGAUGGACUAUGAGGGGUUUGAAGGCGAGACUCAGGAUGAGAGGCGACGCGGCUGGUUGAGAACGCAGGGAAUAACACUGCCGGACUCUCGGGAGAGGUUUGAAGUGACGGCGAGUCUCGAAGAAGUCUUCCCAAUCAUGGAGCUGAAGGGAAUCACCGUCCAAGUCAUUGUGAAGCUUGCAAAUAUUCAGCUGACGCCAGAGCAGCCGAAAUAUACGGGAGGGAGCUGGCAUGUCGAAGGAAUGAUCAAUGAGGCCAUUGUCGCCACUGGGAUAUACUACUACGAUUCCGAAAAUAUAUCCGAAUCUGAGCUUGCUUUCCGGGUAUGCGUACGACCUCCCAUGUACCACCAACAGGACGACUAUGAUUGCAUGGAUAUCCUCUACGGUAUCACCCGAAACACGUCUCUUGUGCAAGACCGAGGGUCUGUCAAUACAUGUAACGGACGCGCCCUCGCUUUCCCCAACAUCUAUCAACACCGUGUUUCCCCUUUUCAUCUUACCGAUCCUACGAAACCUGGACAUCGCAAGAUCCUGGCUUUCUUCCUUGUGGACCCCAAUCGACAGAUACCGUCCACAUCGACUGUACCUCCGCAACAGCGAGAAUGGUUCGAGAAGGAGGUCGUUACUCCCCAAUCUACUUCGAGAUUGGCAAGGCUGCCGGUGGAGCUGAGAGAGAUGAUUGCGGAGGAGAUCCCAGGUCCGAUGAGUCGAAAGGAGGCAAACAAAUUCAGGAAAAGAUUAAUGGCAGAAAGGAGUGCGUCCCAUGCACGGGCAGUCGUUGUGCUCUUUGUAUGA